AUGAAUCAACCAGUUUCUUUAUUUGAUUUUUACUAUCAUAAAUCUUUAUAUAAGUUUUCUUCACUACCACUUUCUAAACAAUUAAAGGCUUUAUCUACUUAUAAGAUUUUAGUCAUUGAUUUGUGUGGGUUUUAUACCCUAUGCCAUUCACUGUUUCCAGAGUCUACUACAGUUUUUCUUGCUGACUAUUCAGAUAUUGAAGAAUUAAUUAUUUUAGUUAAUGAUUAUGAUGUUAUUUAUGUAAUAUUAUGUGCUGAUAAGAUAAUUAACUUUCCUUUUAAUCAUAUAAAAAUUAUUUUCGAUAAGAAGAAAAUUAUUAAUUAUUGA